GCAUAGUCUUGCCAAAAAGCUUUUCCUGCCGGAAUAGAAGCUUCUAAUGGAACAUCUCUUGCCCGAGUUGAAAUGGUGAAAAAUGUGCCGUACGAUUGCAGCACCACUCAAAGGUCGGUUGCCAAGCAUAUGCUCGAAGGCUGCAAUUCCAUACGCUCCGGUAUUAUUCUCCGCCACCACCAUCCUACUCAGACCACGGCAGUGCUUCACUCGAGCAGCCAUGACUACCAAUCCGAGCUCAAGCGCCUCCGAUUUAGACGCGGUCUUCGCUCAGAAGAAGGCUCUUCGAUCCAAACUCAAAAAAGAUUUAAAGUCCAUGGAUCCCUCCCUCAGGUCCCAAGAAGAUGAAGAAAUACAGAAUGCAAUACUUAAAGCUCCUUGGUUCAGAGAUUGUAAGAGGCUUUGUGCUUAUAUUAGCUGUAGCGCCCUUAGAGAAGUUGAUACUUCAACCAUACUGUCAGAAAUUCUUCAGACGCAAAGGAAAGAUCAAAAGAAGCUCUAUGUUCCACGUGUGGAGGAUAGUAACAGAAAUAUGCGAAUGCUGAACAUCUCAAGCACUCAAGAUUUAAUAGCA